GGAUGUAAAAAUUGUGGUCCUCAAACAUCCCUCUCUAGCUUUUAACCAUUCUUGUCGAAAUUCCCUUCCCCCACCACCUCUCUACUCCUCAAUAGCUCCUUCCCUAGUUCCCUUCUCCCUCCUCCAUUGCUUUCAUCAUCAUCCCUUGAACAAGACAUCUAAUAUAUAUAUAUAUACACAUAUAUAUAAAUGGAUGCUAAUCAUAUCCCUCCUAAGAUAAAAGACAAGGUGAUCAAAAGAGAGGCCAAAACUCAGAUGCAACAGCAAGCAGACGAUCAAUCUAGCAUGGAAGAUGAUGACUUCUUGAGUAGUACUGCAACAACUGAUCAGGAGGACAGGAGUAAGAAGAAAGCUUGUGGGAUUAAUAACAGUAGCAAUAAUGGCGGCUCUUCUGGGAAGAAAGGGUCUAAUACUGGUGGUGGAACUAGUGGUGCAAGUUCAAUGAAGUGUUGCCAGGCUGAGAAGUGUACUGCUGAUCUAAGUGAUGCUAAGCAGUACCAUAGGAGGCACAGGGUCUGUGAGCACCAUGCUAAGGCUCAGGUGGUGAUUGUCGGUGGAAUCCGGCAACGUUUUUGUCAACAAUGCAGCAGAUUUCAUGAGCUUGCCGAAUUUGAUGAGGCCAAAAGAAGUUGUCGAAGGCGUUUAGCUGGACACAAUGAGCGAAGAAGGAAGAACUCAGCUGACUCCUCUCAGGCAGAAGGCUCGAGCCGCAAAGGGACAGGCUCUCAAAUGAAAGAAAUUGUCUGCGGCCAAGUUGAUGAUAGAGGAAGAAUUCAAAUUACAGUCCAAGAAAAUGCCAAUUACAAGCAUUUCCAAAUUAGAUGAAAGAAGAUCAUGAUCAGUUGUCCUAGCAUUUACAUUUGCUCUCUCUCUUCUGUCAUCCUAAGCUUCAUAUCAUGCAAAGAUGUUAGUGGCAGCAUUUAUCUAGUUGAUUGGUAUAAGCAGAAGACGACAACAUUUCUCUACAGGUUGCAAACUACGUGAAUCUAGCUAGUUGAUGUCAAGAACCAUAUAUAUCUAGCCAGAUCCUUUGGUUGUCCGAAGAAUUAUUCUCCAUUAUACCUAGCAAUUCCUAUGUAAGUGUAAGUCUACUCCAAGCCUGAUGAACCUGAAUCUCUUGGGGUAAGGUGCUAUUCUACCAUUUGUACUCUUUAAGAAAGGAAGUAAGGUCUUGGCAGCUCACGCAGCAAGAUGCUAAGCUUCCUUUCGUUGGUUUAAUCACGGAAAUAUGCCAUUUCUUUUUCUUUGUUGCUUUAAUUGUGGAUA